CAUAGGUUUCGUUUCUGUAUAACAUUACCUUUUACACCCUCAUAUGAGUCUGUGCUGUACCACACAAAGGUGGUUUGAUUCUGGGUAAACUCAGCGGUGGGUGAGUCUUUCAGAUAGUCGGAAACCGACUUUUAAAACGGACAUGGAGCAAGUCUGGGCUGUAGAAGAGUCACCAGGAAUAAAGACAACCAGCUGCACAACAGACAGAAAGGAGGGGGGAGACAAUGCUCCAGCAAGCAAGGAAAAUCCUGCCGUCUGCACUGAUGACGCUGGAAAUCCAUCGGAAGAAGAAGAAGAAAACACCAACAAAUUGUCGCUGAUCUCCUGGAACGUGGAUGGACUCGAUCCAGAGGAACAGCCCGCCAGAGCGAGGGGUCUCUGCUCCUACAUCAUCUCACACUCUCCUGACGUGGUGCUUCUGCAGGAGCUCAUCCAACCGUACACGCGUUUCAUGAAGAAGCGUCUGGCGGACGACUACACGUUCAUCGAAGGAGGAAAGGAGGGCUACUUCGUCGGGAUGAUGCUGAAGAAGUCACGGAUCACCCUGCUGGACAGCGAGAUGGUCGAAUUUCCAUCUUCUCGCCAGGGGAGGAACCUGCUGGUCGCUCAGGUGGUGUUCAGAGGCCAGAAGCUUUGUCUGAUGACGUCUCACUUUGAGAGCUGUAAGGCCAACGCAGAAAACAGGAAGCUACAGCUGCGCCUGGUGAUGAAGAGGAUGACGAAGGCGCCUGAUGAUGUCACCGUCCUGUUUGGAGGAGACACCAACCUGAGGGAUGCUGAGGUGGUCGACGUGGGCCUCCCCGGCUGCGUGUGUGACGUGUGGGAGCAGCUGGGAGAGCCGGAGCAGUGCCGCUACACCUGGGACACCUUCGCCAACACCAACCUGGAUCAUCGGCACAAGAGCCGCUUCCGCUUUGACCGGCUCUACCUGCGGCGGGCCGCCGGAGACGGCGUCCCGUGGCUGCAGCCCGACAGCAUGGCCCUGAUCGGGCUGGAGAAGCUCCGGUGUGGCCUCUACACCAGCGACCACUGGGGCGUCUACUGCACCUUCUCAGCUCUGUAGAAAUGCACAACACUUUAAAAACAAUUCUUAAUGAAUCUUAAUGACUUUAAUCUCCAUUACAGAUGCUGCAAAUGUGGCGGUUUAACCCCACGUUUUAAUUAUAGGGCAUUAUUUAGUGGGCCAUCUUCCAUCUCAUGUUAUGCGUUCUAAUUAUUCCAUUUUCAUCUUAUUUUAUCUUCUUCUUGCUUUUGAAAGGUGUGUUUUACUUCCCACUAUAAUUUACAUUGAUUGUGGUACUUUAUCCCUGUUUUUACUUCAUAUUGACUCCAUGUUUUGUGCUCAUGUGAUCUCAUGUGAUGUCCUUAUUUUAAAAUACUUUGUGCUGCAUCUCUUGUAUGGCAGGUGCUAUACGAACAGGCUGAAGUUAUUAUCACGGUUAUAUUAUGGUGGAACAGCUGACCUAUGAACAGUUUGAUUAUAAUGUGCUAACCAUUAACACCUAAUUUAUGAGUUAAAUCUGACAUUUCAACACAAAAACUCUUUACUUUCACAUCUGUAUA